UUUAGACAAUGGCGCUUUUAUAUCACAGGUACAAAACUUUGCGCCUCUAAGUUGUCCAGUUAAUCAGUCUAAACUCUCAAUUUCGAAGAUCAUUUGCUGGGAAAUAGCGAGUUUCAUCAUAGAAAACUAGAACUUUGAUUUGGUGAUUGAUAAUACAUUAUAAAAUAUCUUAAAUUUAGGUUUACAAAUGGAUAGGUACGUAAUGCGCGAAAACGAAACCAAGCAAGAGCCGACUUAUUUUCAGUUUACUCAUCAUGGACUGAGUAAAUCCUACACCGGUUUCGGAAAUGCGUGUUUUAAUGGUCUUUAGUGAGAAUUUGAACUCAUCUCAAAACUGAUUUCCUUUGAAAUAAUCAUGGAAAAAUUAAACUGCAAAUCGUGCGAUAUUCAUUUGAAGUUACCAAACAGUCUGAAGAAGCUGAGGAUAAUGGAAUUGAAACUGGAUACAGACCCAAGCAUAUCAUACAUACAGGGAAAAGUGAAGGAGAGAUCAGCACUCCAUAAGAACAAGUGGUGUGAUUACAUGAAAGUGUGUCUUCAAGGUGAUAAAGAUGAUGCGUUAAGUCAAAUCAUGGUUUUUGUGACUGGCUCCAUUGCUAAAGAAAUGGAUGUUAUACAAAAAGAUUACACCCUGGUGUUGACUGGGUUUAAGAUAGAGGGGAACUCUCGUAUCCAGUCAUCAUCACAUCCAUGUCAGCUGGUGGUGGAUGAGGAUAUGACCACUCCAAAGGUUUGGUAUAUUGAACCCGAACCAGGCUUGGUGAAUUCCCAGGAACCAUCCACUUCUGUCACUGUGAAUGGUCAGAACUCAAGGGUCAAUGUGCCUGAUGGACUGACAUCAAGUACAACUAAGGCUGUGCAGUCUAAAAAGACAGAUGCUACUAAGAAGGUCUACAGUUACUCCCAGCUCAGCUCUCUAAAGCCUAAUACAGUCGUGGAUAUCUAUGGAGUGGUCAAGUUCUUUAAAGCCCCGAGUAAAACGAGGGGAAGUGAUUACAGUAUGCUGGUGACCUUGGUUGACCCCAGUCUGUGUGAAGCAGGUGCAGACAAGAAGCUCAAAUGUCUGCUGUUCCAUCGGGAUCAGGCCCAGCUUCCUUCAGUAGAUGUUGGGGACAUCAUUCGCUUCCAUAGACUUAAGGUAUCUAUGUACAAUGGAGCCCCACAAGGCCAGAACAGCCCUGGGUUUUCCUGGUUGUGUGUCAGCGGUGUAGCAAGUGAUCCCAUUGAACCGAAGGCUUCCUCCAACAAUUAUUCCUUCACUGAGAGAGAUACAGAAAAGAUCGAGGAGCUGAGGUGUUGGCAGGAAAAGGAUCAGACAAAGUGGAGUCAGGAGGAAAAAACGAGAAACAAACAGAUUGAGGACAUCGUUCCAGGAAUAUACUUAGAUCUAAUAUGUCAGGUGAUUUCCGUACAAGUUGUGGAUGACACGUGUGUGACGUUCAGGGUCUGGGAUGGUACAAAGACCAUCUAUAUGGUUAGGGAAAUGGAGGCUGACCCUAACACUCACGUUAGAAGAACUGAUAAACAACUGGAUUCCAGGGUGAAGGACUUGGCUGUGGAGGUUGCCCUCUAUGAUGAUCAUAGUGUCUCGGCAGUUAACAUACAGCCAGGGCAGUUCAUCAAACUAUGCAAUCUUCAUGCAGCCAUUUUAAAAAACACGCCAGCAAGGGACAACAUGUCGGCCCUGCCUACCCUUGAACUUGUCCUCCAUAGAGGCACUUCGUUUGGACGGGGGCUAAAAUUCAUGGAGGCGGAGUCACAAGAUGUCUUGACAUUGAUUGAUACCUUAGACAGAUUAGCUCCGCCCAUUGGUGAUGACUUGGAUGAUUGCGAGGCUAUGGAUCUGUUUGAGGGGUCGAUGAAAGAGUCCGAUUCAAACAGUGGGGCAGUAGAGGUACAGAGUAUUCAGGAAAGUACUGUGAAUAGUUCCACCCAACAGGACAAUAACAACAGGAAAAGGACAGGGGACGCCGAGAAUGACCUUCAGAAUGGUUCUGUUAGCAAACGGAUGAGGUCAAGUUCUGUAGGAGGAAAUGUCCCACAAAAUUGUGACCAAUCAGCAUUUGAUAUUACAUCCGACCAAUCAGCUCUAGAAUUAUCAUGUGACACCUCUCGUAACCAAUCGGCUUCUCCGGAAAUUAUUGACAGAUGUAUGUUACAGACAGAGACAGUGGUUCUGAACCACCCCCACGUCAAGGUGACCAGUAUAAAGGAUAUCCAGUCACACUCUGUUCCGUACAAGUUCCGAAUUCUGGGUCGAAUUGAGGAGUAUCACCCUCAUCCUGUCCAGACGCCCGAGGAUCUGGUCAGACUCUACUGUCCACAGUGUCACUGUCUUAUUUCGCUGCCCAAGAUAGACAGCAACUACAACGAAGAACCAACAUCAACUACAAGCAGCUGUGAUCCCGAGAUGGAAGUGAGCCAUGUACAGGCAGGGAUACCGUACUACAGAUGUCCAACGUGCAAACACCAUCCUAAGGGCGAGCCUGUGGACCUGAUCUACACAUUCCUGUUGAGAUUGUUGAUCCGAGAUGAUACAGGAUGGAUACAGGCUAAUCUUUGGAGAGAUGAAGCGGUUGUAUUUUUCAAAGACAUAGACCCAAGAGAUGUGGUAUCGAGCCAAAAAAUCUUCCGAGAUGUCUGUGACCAGUUGGACAAGAUUUGUCUAUCUAGUGGCAGAAAGAAACCUCUAGUUGAGUGUGGAGUGAUGUCCUUCAGCAGUGGGAAGGGAACUGGAUAUCACAUUUUUGACACAUGUGUUGCUUAGCAACAUUCAUUGUUUUUAAGGACAGUGGAACUAGAAUGAUCAUUUAAGAAAUUAAUCAGGAAUCAGACAGAAAUGUUUUAUUAUUAUUAUUAUAAAGAGAUUAGAAUGUUCUUCCAUACAGUACGAAGUAAUGGAUACACUAUCUGUAAAUUUGACUUUGUAUCAACAGAUAACUAAAAUAAAAGUUGAAUGUUUUC